ACGCGGUCGGGAGACAAAGCCACAGUCCGCCCGCCACCGCCGAGGCCACCCGGUGUCCCCGCGGCGGCGCGUGCCGGGCCCGGGGGGCGGGGACGGGGCCCUGGCGGCGGAGGGCGCGGCGCGCCGGGGCCGUGUGUGUCCCCCUCCUCCUCCCCCCCCCCGCCACAAACGCGGCCCUCGGGCGCCCAUGGCGGGCGGCCUGCAGCCCCCGGAGCGGGGCCGUGAUGAGCGGUGCUGGUGGUGUUUCUUCUCCCCCUUCUCCCGCCUCUCUCACGGGCACCGCUCCCUGCCCCUCGCCUGCGGGACUGCCAAAAUCCACCUCCCCUGUCAGGGCGGGAUUGCCCAGUCCGAGAGAUUUCCUGGCCUUGAAGGACUUUCUCUUUUGCCUUGCCCAGGCGUGUGGGGAAUUCUAACAGUUCUUUAGUUUGCGGUGGGGCGGGGACAAUACGUGCCUGAGGAGGUGGCCGGUGAGAGAAACGACAUGGCAAAGGGGAUGGAUCGUGUUGAACGUCAUUUGCGUUUGUUAAAUGUGUAGUAUGUACAGCUUAGCUGAGUUAAUAUCGCUCUAGGACCUUAACUCUUGCAAACUUGACAGUCGGAGGGCAGCGUUAUAGUUGCAUGAAGAUAAAUAUUUGCUGUUUAUAAGCGUUUACUACGAUGUAAGAGUAAUGGGUCACUCAUUAUUACACCGCAGAUAUUUAGCUGCUCCCCACCAGAUUUGCAGUUAAUGUACCUAGAUAUAAAGCUUUAUUAACUGCUAGAGUUUGAACUCAUAUUGGGCUUAAGGAAAUGAGCAUCCCUGAUGGUCCUCCCCCUUUUCCCUAGAAACAUCUCUAGGCCUCAGAAGGCCUCGGGGAACAAACUUUUUCAACCCUAUGUACCACUUUGUCAGUGUCGUUUACCCUGGCUAGCAUAACGGUGCGUUACUGGGUAAUGCCAGACAAAGUAGUAACCUACUUUUUGUUCUGGAUUUAAUCUGUGUUAGAAAUGUUAUAUGAAGUAAAUACAUGGGGGUUGGAACAAGGACCAUGCUUGUCUUGGGAUGCCUUUCUUUGAGUAAUGUAAACUUCCUUUUAAUUGUCGUGCAUUUUUCUAGUAAAAGCUCUGCAAGUCUGCAAUAAAAAUGGCCUCCAAUAAAACUACAUUGCACAAGAUGGGAAAGAAACAGAACGGCAAAGGUAAAAAAGUUGAAGAGGCAGAGCCUGAAGAAUUUGUUGUGGAGAAAGUCCUGGACAGACGUGUUGUAAAUGGAAAGGUGGAAUACUACUUGAAAUGGAAAGGAUUUACAGAUGCUGACAACACAUGGGAACCUGAAGAAAACUUAGACUGUCCAGAGCUAAUCGAAGCUUUUCUGAACUCUCAGAAAGCUGGUAAAGAAAAAACAGAUGGUGCCAAAAGAAAAUCUUUGUCAGAUAGUGAAUCUGAUGAUAGUAAAUCAAAGAAAAAGCGUGAUUCUGUCGAUAAACCAAGAGGGUUUGCAAGGGGUCUUGAUCCUGAGCGGAUAAUUGGGGCUACAGAUAGCAGUGGAGAGCUUAUGUUCCUCAUGAAAUGGAAAGACUCUGAUGAGGCAGAUCUGGUGCUGGCCAAAGAAGCUAACGUGAAGUGUCCUCAGAUCGUAAUCGCUUUUUAUGAAGAGCGACUAACUUGGCAUUCAUGCCCAGAAGAUGAAGCACAAUAAUUGUUUGCAUUGCGUUUUUAUAUAUAUGAAUAUUAAACCCCAAAAUUUGAUUUAUUAGCAAUGUGAGAGGUAUACAUUCUAACAAGAAUCAAAUUUGAUAUUUUUUUGAAGUAGUGUGUUUUGCAUCAACGGCAAGUAAAUAAAAGCUUUCUGCAGCUCGUUUCAUUUAUCACAAGAGAGCAUUUGAUACUACUACUUCCUCCAUAUUAGGUAAAAGCUUUUAUAAAACAUUCAUAAACUUCCAUAGUUAUUACAGAAACAUAAUGAAUGUUUAAACAAACUCACAGAUGUUUUGUAGUCUUCUAUACUAUUGAUGUGCAUGUAUCUUCUUUUCCCAAACCUAGACCUUUAAACCUGUAGAUUCAUUCUUUUUAGUAUUUGGGAUCACUUGGUCUGAAGAAGACCAUGUGAAAACUAACUUUGUAGUAAUUUGAAUGUUAUCAGACUGUAUAUUGUUUACUUUAUUGUAAAUACUGGUGAACAGUGGUCAAUAAAAUAGUUUUAUAUUCUUCCUUUAUACUGAUAGGCUGUGACUCUUUUGAAGCGGUAUGAUAUUUCUGAACUUUUGAUAUGUUAAGCUAUCAGUUCGUAAUAUAUUUAACUGCAAGUUGUUUUUUGGGGGGUUAGAUUGAUUAAGUAGUAUUACCCCAUUGCUACUCUGUAGUCACAAUACCAGACAAAUACCAGGCUUUGAUUCUUUAUAUUGUUUUGGUGAAUAAUGCCUGAGGCAUAGCUUUUUUCAGUUUGGAAGGGGCUGUGAAAUAAAUGUGGUUUAGGUACUUGUCCACAAGUCGCAGGUAGCAACUGUACUGCCUAGGUAUGGCCCCUGGUCCCAAGGCCAAGCGGCCUCUGCAGGUAUACUAGGAAAUACAUGAUGUGUUCACAGUAUCAGCCUUUGCUUUAAUUUCAGGUCUUAAUACAAGGCUGUAAUGUAACUAAUGGUGAUCCAGAUGGAAUUAUUCUUUGGGCCACCACCUGAAGAAUACUUACAUAGCUCUGCCUUUAAAGAGGAAUAUUUUAAUGAAGAUACUUAAGUCAUAUACUUUAAAAAAAAGACUUUGUUUCCAUUUCAGAUUUAGUUUUAAAAUUAAUCCUGUCAUCAGCUGUUUGGAGAAUGCCUUCAGAAAGGCAGAAGUAUGGGAUGGGGAACUCGGGAGGAAGAAAGUUGCCUUUUUCCAUUCUUUCUCCUGUUGCCAUUUCUCUUUUCACUUGCUUUCAUCUGCACAUCUUUUGUGUUUUGAAUGCCAUGGUGUAGAUACCUUGAGCUGUGCCUCUUCAUAUGUCAAUGGCCAAGCUUAUUUCAGAAUCCCCCUUAAUUGAGAGUUUUGACUAAAAGAAAAAUAAAAUCUUGUAAUAUGCUCCCAUCAGUGCCCUAGGUGAGACAGUUAACAUUGCCCAGCUGUGUAUUCUUAGGAGGUUAAAAAAAGAUGGGUGUUGCUGGAAACUCAUGUAGUGCUGAGGAGGGAAUGAAGAAAUUUAGUCAGCAACCCAUCUUCUUUUGAUACUGUUUCACAAAUCGUUACUGUAACUAUUUGUCCUCCCAUAGUGUCAAAAGUCAUUUACAUUGUGAAUCAAAGUUUGUCAUUGUAAAACAUAAUUAUAGUUAAACACUGGGGUGACUAAACUGAUGCUAAAUUACCUUUUUACGUGUAACUGCUUUGCCUUCUCAAGAGUUUUUGUUUCUGGGCUUGGGCAGAAUUUAGUCACCAUGAGCUUGUGGCUCUGGGAAAGAUCUGGUAUCCCUGUUAGUGUGGAGGUUCCCUUGCACCAGGUCAUGACAGUUUCAGAGACCAGCUAGAAUCUCUUGCCUGUUCCUUAGUGAAAUUACCUCAAAUUUGUCAUGUGUGCAAGUCUUCUACAGAGUUCGUGGCUUAAUUCUUUGGGGUCUAUAAUAGGGAUAUUUAUAUACCUAGUAUAUAGGUUUCUGAAGUCCUUGUUUUUUUAGCUAGUAGCUUGAGAAAUGCACAGGCUAAACAAGAAUUCCAAAGCAGCUUGCAUUCUCCUGCCCGCUUCUUCAGUAUGGAGUGCUUUUUAAAGAGUCUUAAAACUGUUACUGUACAUUUUGUGUUUAUUGUCAGAAACUUUUCAGUUUCUAUACUUUGUUUUAAGUGUGGAUAUGGUUUAUAUGAAGUUGCUGAUUUGAAGUGAUACAGGUUAAACAUUUGGUUUAAAUUAUUGGUUAUUGUAAGUGGUUGACAGACAUUUUUGUUGAAAGGUUGAUUCUCAAUUUGUAACCUUUAAAAUAUAGAUUUACAGCUAGAUACAGCUUUUACAUUAUAUUUGGUUCUUUAUUCUGACUCAUAAAAAUGCACUGUAUUCACAUUCAAACAACUUUACAGUUUGUUAGGUAAUUAUUUAGGUUUCUAAUGUUUUACACUAUGAUGGUAGAAAUGCUGACUGCUAUUUGUUUCCUUAUUUUCCUCCUCAUUUUAUGUCAAAUUGCAUUUUUAUAGUAAUUAAAUGCAACACGUUAAAGUUACAAGUUAUGUAAAAAUUAUGCUGAAUGUGCUGCAUACAUAUGCAAGAAGUUAACAAAUGUUAUUAAUUUAAAAUUGACUGAUUAAAUAAAUGAGAUAUCUUCUGUAGUUAGUGAGUUGUGCAGAGGUUUCUGGUCAUUGUCGUUUCUUAUACCAAGACAAAUAGAUUUCAGGCUGUCAUUUCGUGAUCGCUGUGUGUUGAAGCUGCUGUCCUAAAAAAAAAGCAAACAAAAAGAAACCCCAAACCAGUAGUGCUUGCUCCAGUAUUGCUCCUCACCCUGGCUGAAGAAAAUACUCUUGCAUUAAAUGUAACCAUGUAGUGCUAGGUCAUGCAAAAUUCAAAUCAUGGUCAGUUCUGGCAUCAUCUUCUCACAACCUGGUUCCUACUACUUUGCUAGGAAAGAACAAAACCCCUAAAUGGAAUAGGAGUUAAAUGUUAUGUUAAAUGGAAUGAAAUGAAUAUUCGUACUACCUGCAAAAAAAGCUAUCAGCAUUGUAAGUGAAUUUUUUAAGUUCAACGCAAACAAAUUCUACAUGAGUUGUGGUAAUUCUAGAUUUAUGGUUCAGUUCUCUUUAAAAUUGCUUAACAGUUUCUUAGUAAUAGAUUAUAAUACGUUUAGGACUCAAUAUAUGUUACCUUAAUUUCAAUUAUAACCGAAAGUACAUUUUUCCUUUAACUCUACUUUAUUAUUUAUCUUACUUAUUCACAUGAAUUAGGCUUUUGCACUAUAAAACAGUGUCCUUUCCUGUUCCAAGAGCUUUCUCCAACAUCCUCAGUGUUGUCCUUACCAUUGGUGUCCUCUUCCUGUUUGGAAUUUCUUUUCAAAAUGUCACCUUUUAUUCAAUUUUUGAGUUUAGCUGCUUAUGUGAAGAUAUGUCUGCUCUUCUGACUUGAGGCCUCUAAACUUGGAGUAGCAGCCAAACCUGAUGCCUCUAAAUUUGUUUCUGAGGUGCCUCCCCGAAUAUGAAAAGUCUUGCUGCAGAGACUUAAUGCACAUUACAAGCUGAAGUACAAUACCAUGGAAAUACGGCUGUAUGGUUCCUAGAGCAAAAAGUUGCAGUCAAACAGCCACAUUUUUACCAUCAGAUUUUUGAAGCUGUGUCUCCACUAGCUCAAGGAGUUGUGCUUUGUUUUGCAGAUCGAGUAUGCUGACUAGCUGUUGGGUUCAGCUGUGCACUGUUCACCAGCACAUUCCUCCUGGUGGUAUUUGCUAUUCUCCCAGCCUUUAGUUAUGACAACACUUGGCAGGGUCCGCAGUGGCUGAGGUAAAAGUGGUUGGCGAUACCUUUAUCUCAGCAGAACCUAGAAAGAGAUGCAGAAGCUUUGAGUUUGCCUGCUACCUCUUCCUGCUGGGACGAUCCCAACUGUCAGCUUGGGUAACAUCACUUUCUUUUGAAGUUCAAAUGGAAAACAUUUCUCCCAAAAUGCCUUUCAGGGACUCCUAUCAAAGCACUCUAGGCUCUCAUUUCAAAUAAAUGAUAGCUGGUUUAAACUAAAGGGAAAAAAGGCAGCACUUGUCACAGAGAAAGAGCCUGCAAUUGAUCCACCCCCAUGCAAGCAGGAGCAGUGCUUUUCUUCUAUGUAAAGUGCUGUGGGACUUAUUAACGUGGUGAAAGAAUAGGAUAUGAUUCCCAGGGCUCCAGAUGGCACCCACCAGAUGGGAGCUCAUGUUGUUAUGUCUAAAGAUGCUGGCUUGAUGACACAGUGUUUGAGAAUGUGAUAACCUUUUGGGAUGGAUUUUCUUACUAGAUA